AUGGCCUCCAACAGCGAUUGUCCCUUUUUGGAUAAGGUCCCUUUCGAAGUCAGGAAUCAGAUCUACAGAGAACUACUAUUCAACAAGAUUCUGGGCAGUGCAAAUUCUGUAUCCAGAAGUGAGAGCUAUGGAGCUGAUACAAAAUACGGCUUAUGCCCACAAAUAUUGAGAGUCUGCCAUCAAAUGUACGUCGGAGCCUUGGAUGUUCUAUACAAAGAAAAUACCUUCUACAUCGCAUGCUUUCGGGUAGAUAAUCGCCUUUCUAUGGAUAUGAAUAUAGGAAGUGAUGAUGAAAAUCAGACGGCCAUAAUAAACGUCGAAGGACCUCUUGUGGAGUUAUGUCCUCUUACGAGAUACCAGAACAAUCAAAGCAGGAUGCCAUUUCCAAUCCCAAAUCUUGGUAAUUACUCUACUGUGUCGAGAGUUCGCAAGUGGCGUGUGGUAGUCAGUAGACUUGCACCUGCUGGUGGCAGUUGGGAACCGAUAUGGAGUUUACGUGACUUUUGCGAAGUUAUCUCUCAAGAUCCUCCGAUAUUCUUGGAACUAUUGAUUUUGUCUUGCGGAUUGGACUAUGGUCGGAACAACAAUUAUUCUUUCGACAGCUACGAACAGAUUUUGAGGCCCUUGAGAAUCCUUCGCAAUUUGCAGACUUGUGCAAUCAAAGAAGCUUGCGCAACUGAUGUUCCUGACAUUAUUCAACUCGCUGAAGAUGGAUUAGUGAAGAAAUUUACAGAGGAAGAUCAAGCUCUAGCAGACUGGGAACUUCCUACCGACUUGAAGAUGGAGAUAGAAACACUUACGACCAGUCAAAAACCUCUAGAUGUCCGCCACAUGAUGCACAAAAACCUCGUGGCCUACGCGCGAGCCUUCGAGCGAUAUCAACCUUACAAAAUGCAAAUGGGCCUAAGACGAGAGGAUAUCACACGAAUUGACUCUAGAUGUCUCGAGUAUGCCGAGUUUCUCGACACAGGUUCUUUCAAUCCUUUUAUCGAGCCAACCCUUCAUCCACUUGAGUUCGAACUUCGCAACUGUCAAGACGCUGUCAUGAAUUCAGGCGAAGACGAAUGGACAUUCAAAGAGCAUCGCAAGCACGCCCUAACAUAUCUCGAGCGACAAUGGAAUCAAAUCAUGAAUGCAAACCAUAGACUCACAACCUUUAUAAAGAAAGAAAAAGUUCCCGGCGGCAUAUUCGACGCUAUGGAGAGAAAGAAAGAAAAAUCAGGGUUCUCAAACAAUACAUGGGAAAUGCGCGAUCCAGACAGAGAACAGAAGAUCUGUCUCGCAUUAGUAUAUCUGAAACGCUACGCCAAAUCUUUCACGAGACACACAACCUCUGCAAUCGAAGCCCAGAUCCACUCGCAACGCCAUCUCUACAACAGCCAUUACAAGAACCUCCCCCGCGAUCGUCUAAUCAAACAUCUCAUGACCGACCACCACGUCGGCAAAAUCCGUCACUUCAUCACAAAGUUUAGCACCGCCGUCGAUAUGUGCGAUCAACAAUAUCUCGAAAUCCUGACAGCACGAAAAGCCCUCUUCGAUUACGACGGCUUGGGAAAAUACGAAUGCGGAGAGUUUAAUCUGCAUAAGGGAUUAUCGGUCGAAAUGAUUGAUUGGAGUGUUAAUGAGCGGGAUUUGACGCCCGAGCAAUCGUUGGAGUCGGAUGAUUAUUAUGGCGAGGAUAGUGAUAAUGAGAGUGAUUGGUUUAAUUAUUUUUGA